UGUGUGUUUCUCCCGCCUCUAAAAGCAAACUUGUCCCCGGCAGAGACGAAGAGCUCCGGGCGGAAGGCCCGCUGCAUUUGAACGGAGUCACGUGACUGUCGCACCGGUUGAAACCGACAGAAAGCCGCAGGAGGCUCGAGCUGCAGAUCUGCGCGGACGAACGGAUUAAACAUCCAGCACAGAGUCCGACUCCCCGGCUGCACACCCCCCGGUAUGUCCGCUGUUGUCUGCGUGCUGAAGACCCGCUGCUUCCUCCGGCAGCUCCUCCCCGGCCUGCCCGCCGCCAUGCACAGAAGCUACAGCCUGGAUGUCUCCGCUCCGCUCCUCCGGACGCAGGGCUACGUGGACGGCCGCUGGAUCUCCGCUGCCUCGGUGUUCCCCGUCCUGGACCCGGCCACCGGACAGGAGAUAGUCCGGGUAUCGGACUGCGGCCCCGCGGAGGCCAAGCAGGCGGUGGACGCUGCGUACAAAGCGUUUCACUCCUGGAAGCAGUACACAGCCAAGGAGAGGAGCGUCCUGCUGAGGAAAUGGUUCGAGCUGCUGCUGCUGCACAAAGACGAGCUCGCCCAGCUGAUCACGUUUGAAUGUGGUAAACCGAUGCGUGAGUCUCUCGGGGAGAUCUCGUACUCCGCCUCCUUCCUCGAGUGGUUUUCUGAGGAGGCGCGGCGAGUUUACGGUGACAUCGUGCCGUCUCCAGCCAAAGACAGAAAGCUCCUCCUCCUGAAGCAGCCGGUGGGCGUGGCCUCCAUCAUCACACCGUGGAACUUCCCCAGCGCCAUGAUCACCAGGAAGGUCGGCGCCGCGCUGGCCGCCGGCUGCACGGUGGUGGUUAAACCAGCUGAGGACACGCCGCUAUCGGCUCUCGCACUGGCAGAGCUGGCGGAGCAGGCGGGGAUCCCGGCAGGGGUGUUCAAUGUGGUUCCGUGCUCCAGAGAGUCGACGCCCUCGGUCGGGCGGGUCCUCUGCACCGACCCUCUGGUGGCUAAAAUCUCCUUCACUGGAUCCACGGCGACCGGGAAGGUGUUGCUGAAAAUGGCCGCUGACACUGUGAAGAAGGUAUCUAUGGAACUGGGUGGCCACGCCCCCUUCAUUGUGUUUGACAGCGCAGACCUUGACAAAGCGGUGGGCGGAGCCAUGGCAUCCAAGUUCAGGAACUCGGGCCAGACGUGCGUGUGCUCGAACCGGUUUCUGGUCCAGAGUGCCGUCUACGAUCGCUUCGUGGAAAAGUUGGGGGGAGCGAUGGAUGCCGAGCUGCGUCUGGGUCACGGCUCGGAGCCCGACACCACGCAGGGGCCGCUCAUCAACGCCCGCGCCGCAGAGAAGGUGCUCCAUCAGAUUUCGGACGCCGUCUCCCGCGGGGCGAAGGUGGUGAAAGGUGGGAAGCGCCUCGACGGCUCAUUCAUGGAGCCGACUCUGCUGGCCGACGUCACCGCCGACAUGCUGUGCACGAAGGAGGAAACCUUUGGGCCGCUCGUGCCCGUCAUCAGGUUUAACACGGAGGAGGAGGCUCUGGCUGUUGCUAACGCGACCAGCGUCGGGCUGGCAGGUUACUUCUACUCGCAGGACGUGAGGCAGAUCUGGCGGGUGGCGGAGGCGUUGGAGUUGGGGAUCGUCGGCGUCAAUGAGGGGCUGGUGUCCACGCCAGAGGCCACGUUUGGCGGGGUGAAGGAAUCCGGCCUGGGCCGUGAGGGCUCCAAGUACGGCAUCGACGAGUACCUGGAAGUGAAGUACGUGUGCUUUGGAGGCCUCAAACCAUGAGGAGGAAGAGGAGGCGGUACAAGAGCUGUGACUCAGUGGAGGUGGUCGGAUUCUUUUAUUAACACGUGAUAACUCCUUCAAUAAAGUUUGAAUUCAUGCAGGAUCAAAAACGUUGUUUGUAAAUCACAUUUUGAAUCAGCUGUCGCUCCUCGCUUCUCUUUACUCCUUAUGCUCACACAGUCGGCAUCAGCGCAAAGCUUUUCUGAUUGGCUGCUUAUGCUUGUCAUAUUACACGAUGGUUCCGCCCACCAAAACUAAACAUGAAACAUCAAAGUUACAUGAAAAGCACAAAAGUUCAACAUUUACAAUGUAUUUCAGCCUCGCCGUCAGAGCGCCGGCCUCGCUGCAGCACACGAACCAUAAACGCGCGUUGGUCAGUCGCUCGCCACACGGGUGUUUAAACUUAUCUGAACCCAUCUCUCAGACUGGUGCUGAACUGCCUAAACUCAUACCAGUAGGAGGCGCUAA